GCUCUCCGAGACACUCACUCCUUCCCCCUUUUCUUUUUUCAGCCGUUCCCAGAUAAGAAGGGGGCAGAAGUAAUUCUCUUCAGUCACUUCUAAAGCUGCAGCCACCAGAGAAGAGUGGAAGUAAAAUCCAGAUAUUUACCAUUUAUUAGGUUUUGAUUAGUUUUUGGAUAUUUGAAUGCUUAAGAGAUUUUUUUAAAUCUUGCAUUUUUAAAAUUUCAUUUCUACUUAAUUUUUCUUAGUUUUCUCAUUAUCUUCAGCUCCUGUUUUUCUUCCUGUUUGGAUCUGAAAAUUCAACUUUUGCUUUCAUGAGAGCAGGAGACAAAACCUGAGGAACCUGAUAUCAUUCAGAUGGAUGUAUUCAUCUGAGAGAAAACUGACCACAAGAAACCAAACUAAGAUUCCUGUUGGAAAAGUAAACAGAGGUGGGCAUCUGUACCACCAUCCAGUGGGGGAGGAAAUUAGCAACUACCUCCAAGAUCAACAGGUGUCAUUUUCUGCUGCUCUUUUGAUCCGCAAGAGAAGACAAAUCUUAAAACUGAAGAGACCAUUGUGAAGGAAACAGAAAAACUGAACUCAUGGCUUCACUGUUACAUUCAGAGGCUUAUGCAAGCUUCCUCCUAAGGUGAACUGGGGUCAAAGUGUGAACAAUCUUGCCUUGACCCUGUUAAAGGAAUAACGCUUUAAAAUAUUGAAAGCAUUGUCAUGAAAGGCCUGAAUCUCAGCCGGUGGUUGCUGGUGCUGCUGCUGCUUUGGACCUGGUCCACAGUCAGUGAUGGAGCCGGCGUUGGAGGCACAGAGCGAACGGGAGCUGGAAGAAGCCAGAGAAAAGGAGGAACUGGUGGUGGAGGAGGAGGAGGUGCAGAGAAGAGAAAGAGACUUCAUCGCAUCCAGCAUGGUCAGUGUAGCUACACCUUCGUCCUUCCAGAGGUGGACGGAUGUCAGAGCGGAGGGUCCAUGUCGCAGGGUGAACAUUACGGGGGUUCUCGUGGCGGGGCGAGCGUUGUGCAGAGAGACUCACCGCCCGUGGACGGCGAAUGGUCGAAUCAGAAACUGCAGCACCUGGAAAGCAUAAUGGAGAACAACACACUGUGGCUGCAAAAGUUGGAGAACUUCAUACAAAAGAGUAUAAGGCGAGAUGCUGUUAAUAUACAGUCACAUGUUGUUAACAACCAAACAGCCACAAUGUUGGAGAUUGGAACGAACCUCCUGUCACAGACAGCAGAGCAGACACGGAAACUCAAUGUGGUGGAAGCCAAGGUGCUGAAUCAAACAUCUAGGAUAGAGAUCCAGCUUCAGGAGAAUUCAUUGUCCACCUAUAAACUGGAAAAGGAGCUCUUACUCCAGACCACUGAGAUAAGACAUCUGCGAGAUAAGAACAGCCAUUUAGAGAGCAAAGUUCAGUUGUUGGAGUCUCAGCAGAGAGGAGAGCUGGAGGACAUGAGACUGGAGAAGAACCGGCUGCAGUCUGUUAUCAGGACUCAGAUGGUGGCCAUAGAGUCUUUAGAGAGGCAGCUGAGAGUCGCCACUAGCAACAACACGGCUCUACAGAAGCAGCAGGCUCAGCUGAUGGAGUCAGUCCAUACACUCAUCGACAUGGUGUCCACGACUACAGGGUCUCCUCCUCGGAGCCAGAUGUGGAAGGACUGUGCAGAUGCUUACAAAGCUGGUCAUUCUGCCAGUGGUCUGUAUCUCAUCUACAUCGGUAACAGGACAGAGCCUGUACAGGUUUAUUGUGACAUGGAGACAAGUGGUGGCGGCUGGACGGUCUUCCAACGGCGUUUUAAUGGCAGCGUGGAUUUUCAGAGGAGCUGGAGGGAGUACAAAAUGGGUUUUGGGGAUGUGUCGGGGGAGCACUGGCUGGGUAAUGAAGUUUUAUACCUGCUAACCAGUCAGGGUCAAUACUCUCUGAGAGUGGAGCUACAGGACUGGGAGGGAAUCUCUGCGCAUUCCCAGUAUGACCGGUUUACAAUGGCCAGUGAAAGACAGCAGUACAGAUUGUAUCUGAGAGGUUACAGUGGUACAGCAGGAAGGCAGAGCAGCCUGAUCACCCACGGUGCCGGCUUCAGCACCCGAGAUCACGACAACGACAACUGUGACCACUGCAAAUGUGCCUUGAUGCUCACUGGAGGUUGGUGGUUUGAUGCCUGUGGCUUCUCCAACCUUAAUGGGAUCUACUACACAGUUGGGCACAACAUCAGGAAGCUCAACGGCAUUAAGUGGCACCACUUCAGAGGCCCCAGCUACUCCCUGCGUUCCACUUCAAUGAUGGUCCGACCCUACGACUUCUGAGAAGACCCCUCCACACCCAAGACUCCUGAUGUUUGGCAACAACCAUACAAACAUAUGUCUAGAUUCUACAAAAAAUACAAAACAACUUUUCUUAUAGUGUUUAACUUGCAACAAAGCAUCUCAGCUUCUGCCGCAUGAUGCAAACCUGGUGCCUCCUGGGGAUCUGAUUAAGUAUGGUUCAUGACCAACAAUUGAUCCACCAUAAAAGCUCUGCAGCCUAAGCUUUCAACUCACAAGCUCUAGACCUAUGAGAGAUAAAAACGUGACUAUGUCAAGAUCAUGUCAAUUUAUUUGAGAUCUUGUUUUAGAUGUUAUAAGAGCAGGACAUGUUUGUAUGUUGUCUUUGAAGCAACAAGUGUUUGUCUACAUUCCCAAAGACAUGAACUGUGAUAAAUAAGAUAUUUAGUGCUAAGAGAAAAAUUGGCAUCAGUCUUUUACAUCUGACACGUAUAAGACAGGUUGGACUGUUUGUUGGAUUUCAGAUUUGGAAAGAGAUUUUCAGUGUACAUGUACUCAAAUUAACCAUGUGUGAAAGGUUUGGGGAAGACAGAGUAACUUCUUUCAGAAUCUUGGUUGCUUGUUCCAUGGCUUCUGAGCAACACUUUAUUUAGAAACUAUGUACCUCAUUAAUUUGAUCAAAAUUCUUCCUUAGUCUAUAAUGAAUCCAGAAACAGCAUGUACCUUGUAAAUUAUGAGCUUUUAAAUGUUAUUGAAGAGCUCGGCUGCUAAUUUAUGUACCGCCUGGGGUCAGUCAGUUGAGUUUUUAAGAGAAGCCAAUUAAAGAAUCACUGCAAUAAUGAUGGUUAAAAGAGAGGAUGUAAAAUGUGGUCUGAAUCUUCUUUUAAGAGAUUGGGACGAUGUAUUUUCAUCACUGACACAUAAACAAUUUGUUGUGUAUGUGUCAAAAUGCUAGGAGAACUGUUUGUAAUAGACAAUGUGGUCCAACAUCAUGUUGGUUAUCUACAAAUGCAUCUAAAAAACAAUAGAAUAUCAUCAAAAGUUAAUUUAUUUGUGUAAGUUAAUUCAAAAAGUAAAACCUUUUUUUCUGUGAAUUUUGUGAUUAUGGCUUACAGCUAAUGAAAAUCUAAACAUUUUCCUCAACAUCCUGCAAGUAAAGUAAUUCGAUGUUGUAACCUUUUUGAGCAUAGGUUGACUUAGUAUAUCCAUAAAACACAACCACACUGAAAGGAUUAAGGUCUCAUUUAACAAAAUUUCACCAAUUAUUAUUAUUUUUUUUAGUUUAAUUUUUUUCCUCUCAUCUGUUUAUAAAACCCCAAAACAAUAACUAUUGAACAUAUCAUUGUGACUGUCUUGUCACAGUAGCAUUCACUCCAACACACCCUUUUAACAUGGUCUCUGUACCUGAUGUUUCUCUGAAUUUACAUGCCCUGUGUAUGUACGUGCAUUCAUGUCUAAUGAAUUGUUCCCAAAGUCUUGAACCUGAUAAUUCUCUCUGGGCUGUGGCUUAUCCCCGUUGCUUGUGCAAUUUCUUUGACCUCAUCUUUUUCCACACUUACUAUUAUGUUGUUAAAAAGACAGUGUGAACACUCAGCUUCUUUAGCUAUGACCUUUUGUGGCUCACCGUCAGUGAAUGUCUGGUGAACAUUAAAGGAAAAGCAAUAAUGUGGUUUUAAAGUUACAUUUCUAUAUUUAAAAUCCUUUUUUUAUUUGGUCCUUUCCAUCUUUUUUUAAAUUUAGUUUUAAAUAUUCAUUAGAUGGAAGCCAUAAUCAUUAAAUUAAUACUUGACAUAUAUUACUCGGUCUGCAAUAGAUCUAUUUCAUAUAUGAGUUUCACUUUUGAAAUUAACAAAUUAACUUUUCAAUGAUAUUAUACUUAACUGAGAUGCAUCUGUACAUGCUAAAAGGUUUGUGUCAUCCCUUGAGAAAAUAAUGUGCUGGCAAAUGCUGUUAGACUGUAUUGGAUUUUGUCAAAUUGUCUUUAAAUGUAUUAAAAGAGAAACCUUUCAUAAAAUCAAGGAGCAUCUUGCAGCAAAAGAAAUGACUAAUGGACGAAAAAAGAUGUGAACAGUGGCAUGAAUCCGUGGCAUUUUCUGCAAGUGAUUGUGUCUACAGUAAAAGUACACAUUUAUUGGCACCAGAGAGUUGUGGACAAAGUGUACAAAAAUACUGACAAGAAGACUUGAGGCAUGAGGGAAGUUAAUAGCUUAACACAUCAGUAACAAAGAAAAUGAGUCACAGCAAUGAGGGGAGAGGAGAAGCUCAAGUGGAUCAAGCAGAUCUGAUGCCAGAACUUCAGGAGGAUGCAACGGAUGAUCAUCCAGCAGAAGGAAGUGAUUCUUCAAAGAUGUUCUCAUUAUGUGCUCUGGUUUCUUUCAGAAGGUGGCUGGCUCUUAUUGCCCUGGAAAUAGAGCCAAAUGAAAAUCAGCAGGACUAAAGGGGGAGUGUGUUGCUGCUCUUAAGACUCAAACAAAAAUUGCAGAGAGCUGCUUCUGAGAUGCCAAAAACACACUGAUGGACAAAUAUCAGUACAUCUCAAACUUUGAUCAUUGUGUACAGUUCCUGCAAAGAAAAGGACUUGCAGACAUAUUAUAAAUGAAUGGAAACUGAUCAGUAAUUAAGGGGCGGUUUAAUGUAAGUCUUGCAGCUGUAAAAAUGCUGAGUAUUAUGGUUUUCACUAUUGUUCAGAAAAUAAAGGCACGCAAGCUGUUUUUUAAUGCAAUUAUCAAUGAUAUGGCAACACUUACUGGACAUUGAUAGAAGGAAGGAACUAAUUAACUAAAUGCAAACACGAGUCAAAUCCAAAUCAAUCUUUUUCUUCUCUUGUUUUGUGUUAGGUAGAAAAUCUGGACAAUGAAAUGAGAAAAGAGCAAAUAAAUGACAGAUGUUGGGAUUUGAUUGCAUCCAGAUCCUGAAGCAAAUAAAUGUUGCUUUGAUUAUUUUCCUAAUCUAAACGAUCUGGAUAUUUUCUUGUUUCUUGUUGAAGUCUGCAUUUUAUUAUUGCCUCUGAAUUAAUCUUUCAUGGCACUCAUUCAGAAAAUAAACAAGUUGAAGAACAUA